AUGGUGAACCGAGACAAGCUCGAGCGAAGCAUCGAAUACAAGGAGAUACUGCCCAAGGCUGUGACACAAGCUUCUGAAAGCAAGAAGGAUCCUCGUCAAGAGAUAUUGCACCUCUCAAGGCAAGUGACUCGUUAUGCCUCUAUGUUGGAGAGGAGUGUUCAAGACUUGGGUGAAACGCAAGUGGUUCAAGGAGGCGCUUCGGGGAAGAAGGAAAGGGGAUCGCUCAAGAUGAACGACCUUGUCCAGUUCGGGUUACAGUCGAUACCCCUCCGUGCUGUGAUCCAAGUAGUUGGGCAUUUCCUUUUGCAGAAAGAAAGGCAUUGCUUGAUCAACUUAGCAAGUGUGUCACACAGUGUGAGAGACCAUCUUGUUCCGCUGUUGAUCCUAUACAAAUGGGAAAAACUGCAGACCGCAAAACAGAUGGCAGAGGCGGUGAAUAUGGAUGCCAUAACAUCUACGCAAGUCCCUCAGGGGCUUCGUGCAGCAGUUUCGAGUGGAGUGACGGCUGUGACAAAGGGGCUGAUGUCAAUUAGGAUUGGUGAGCAUGCGUCGCUCCAGACAAAAGUGGAGGAGCUUGAAGAUCUUGUUAACGGUCUCAAGAAAGAGAGAGAGCAGCUCUACGCACAGAUACAAGCAGAUGCAUUGAUUAAGAAAUUUCAAGAUCAGAAAAUCAAGGAUUUAGAGAAUACAAAGAAGGAUCCUUCCCUGCAAGCUUCAGAAUCGACGAUGAGAGCGCAGGAGCUCGAGAAAUCUUGUGAAGAGCUGAGGAAUCAGCUGGCGGAGUCGGAGAGACAGCUGCAAGAGGAGAGAGCGAAGCGGAAGCAGGAGGAAGAGCAUUUCCAGCGGGCAAAGAAGGUUAUUGCGGUACUUGCGGCCGAGGUGCACAAGCUGAGGCAGCAGGUCGGUCUGAAUGGAAACGGGAAUGGAAGCGCCUCCAAGUAG